GUAGCACGUCGUAGAUACUGUCACAUCAUUGCUUUCCUAGGGAAGAGGAGAAGGGAAGGGAGGGAGUCAAAUCAAGAUGGCGGGAGUGUGAAGUGCACAAACCAAGAACUUAGUCCGAAUUCACGCCGAAAAUGCCUCGUUCAAAGAGAACAGUUUCCAAGAAGAAAGGGUACAAGGAUGAAGUCAGCGAUAGCCCAUCUGAUUCUGAUAGUGAUUUUGAUGAAGAUGAGGAUCCUGACAAGAUUGAAGUGCCAGGUGGGGGAAAAGAUCUUGUUACCGCAGUCUCUACAGUUAGUGCUCAUAAAGAUGGGCCAGCCAUCAUCAAAAAAGAAGAUCCAGAUCUGAUGUCUUCGACUUCGGCAUCUAGCAAUGCAGGGAUUCCUAAGUUGGGGUCAGCCCAGGGGGUCAUGCCACCUGCCCUCAAAGGUGGCACCUCCCUAUUGAAAAGUGAGAAUCCUGUACCAUUCAUGGGAAAUCCCAAUGAAAUAAAAAUCAAGAGAGAUGUUCCUAUGAAAAUGGGGAACUUUCCAACAAUGCCUGGUAUCAAAGCCCCAGGGGGCCUUGUUACUAAAGGCAACACACUUGGCUUUGAAACUAUUCGGCCAGCAGGGGCACCAAAUAUGUCUCAUAUUAAUGCAAUGAGCAGUAUUUUUCCUGGUGUAAUGCAAGGAGUUGCUGGUAAUGCAAGUGGAGGUAAUAACAUUCCUCCUGGUCUCAGUGGAAUGCUCAACACUCCCUUUUUCCAAUCCAUGGAUUUAAGUGCCUUCGCAAACAUGGCAAACAUGAUGGGGGUCGAUAUGGGAAACGUAACUGCUCCAUAUGCAACAGUUAUGGCCAAUAUGAUGUCAAAUCCGUUUAUGAAUCAUAUCAUGUCACCAAUGAUGCAACAAAACUGGAAUCCAGCACUUGCUGGAAAGAAUAUGAUGUGGAUGAACGAACAAAAGAUGGGUGUCCCUGAAGAGGAGGAAGUUGAAGACGAGGAUAUGGGUGUAGCAGAAACCUAUUCUGACUACAUGCCUACUAAAUUGAAAUUGGGAAAGAAGCACCCAGAUCCUGUUGUAGAAACAGCCUCUUUGUCGAGUGUAGAACCAGCAGAUGUUUGGUACAAACUUUCUCUGCCUGACGAAACUGUUAAAUCAGGAUCUUUGUCUGCACUUCAAUUAGAAGCCAUUGUGUAUGCUAGCCAACAGCAUGAGCACUUUUUACCUGAUGGCAAUAGAGCAGGAUUCCUCGUUGGUGACGGAGCUGGCGUGGGCAAAGGCAGAACUAUCGCUGGUCUCAUAUACGAGAAUUAUUUAAAGGGUCGGACAAAGGCUAUUUGGGUGUCAGUUUCUAAUGAUUUGAAGUAUGAUUCUGAGCGAGACUUAAAAGAUAUUGGUGCCAGAGAAGUUCAAGUCCAUCCCCUAAAUAAGUUUAAAUAUGCCAAGAUCUCAUCUAGUGCUAAUGGAAAUGUAAAGGAGGGAGUGGUGUUCUCUACAUACUCUGCCCUCAUUGGUGAAUCGUCACAAGCCAGUGGGAAAUAUAAAACAAGAUUGAAGCAACUUAUCGACUGGUGUGGAGAAGAUUUUGAUGGAUGUAUCAUUUUUGAUGAAUGUCACCGUGCCAAAAAUUUGUGUCCUACUGGCUCAAGUAAACCCACCAAAACUGGCUUAACAGUAUUAGAAAUUCAAAACCAACUACCCAAAGCUAGAGUGGUAUAUGCAUCAGCUACAGGUGCAUCAGAACCAAGAAACAUGGCCUACAUGACUCGUCUUGGUAUUUGGGGUGCUGGAACUGCAUUCAAAGAUUUCAAUGAGUACAUUAAUGCAGUAGAAAAGAGGGGUGUGGGUGCUAUGGAGAUUGUUGCAAUGGAUAUGAAACUCAGAGGGAUGUACAUUGCUCGUCAGCUGAGUUUCCACGGUGUCUCUUUCAAAAUAGAGGAAGUCACUCUUUCUGAUGAGUUUAUCAAAGUCUAUGAUGAUUCUGUCAAGUUGUGGGUCAAAGCUAUGCAGAAGUUCACUGAAGCUGCCGAGCUUAUUGAUGCUGAAAGCAGGAUGAAGAAGACAAUGUGGGGCCAGUUCUGGUCUUCUCACCAACGCUUUUUCAAGUAUUUGUGUAUUGCAGCUAAGGUCAAAUUUGCAGUAUCAGUUGCACGGGAGGCUGUUAAGUGUGGCAAGUGUGUCGUGAUUGGUCUUCAGUCUACUGGUGAAGCAAGAACCCUUGAGCAAAUUGAAAGAGACGAUGGUGAACUUUCAGACUUUGUUUCCACUGCAAAGGGGGUUCUUCAGACACUUGUUGAAAAACAUUUCCCCGCCCCAGACCGUAGCAGAAUUCUACGUCUUUUGGGCUUGUCUCCUCCCAGAAAAGACAAGAAGUCAAAGAAAUCAGAUGAUGAUGAUGAGGCGGGAGGCUCAAGUGGCAAAAGAAAGCCUGUUAGGAGGGCUGCCCAGCGUGCAUCCAAGAGAGUCAAAGUUGAAUCUUCUGAUUCUGGUUCUGACAAUGAGAGUGGUUCAGAUGCUGAGUUCCAUCUGUCAGGAUCUGAGGCACCUAGUGAAAGUAACUCUGAGGCCAGUGAUGUAUCCAGUGACUUUAAUCCGUUCCAUAGUGAUAGUGAUUCUGAUGCAGACCCUUGGGUUGGUGGAAGAGGUAAGAAGAAAGGUAAGAAGGGAAAACCUGCAAAGAAACCUGCUUCCACUCAAGACAAAAUCAGCCAACUCAUUGAGCAGAAACAGUCAGCCCAUAAGAAGGCUAAACGUGAGGAGAACCGCAACGGCAAUUCUAUGGGUGUUGGCUUAGCGCCACCUCCACGAGAUGCAAUUGAACAUGCAUGCACUAUGAAGGAAGAGCUCCUCUCAGAAAUAGAAGAAUUGGGUGAUCGUUUGCCCCCCAACACAUUAGAUCAACUUAUUGAUGAACUUGGGGGACCUGAAAAUGUGGCCGAGAUGACUGGGCGCAAAGGACGUGUUGUCCAAACUGAUGGUGGAAUCCAGUAUGAAUCAAGGUCUGAAGUUGAUGUACCUCUUGAAACCUUAAAUCUGACAGAGAAACAGAGGUUUAUGGAUGGAGAAAAGGAUGUUGCUAUUAUAUCUGAAGCAGCAAGUAGUGGUAUUUCCUUACAAAGUGAUCGGAGAGCUCUUAAUCAGCGCAGGAGAGUUCACAUAACACUUGAAUUACCGUGGAGUGCUGAUAGAGCCAUCCAGCAGUUUGGGCGCACUCAUCGUAGUAACCAAGUUAAUGCCCCAGAAUAUUUGUUCCUUAUUUCUGAUUUGGCGGGAGAAAGGAGAUUUGCAUCAAUUGUUGCCAAACGAUUAGAAAGUUUGGGUGCAUUGACUCAUGGAGACAGACGAGCAACUGAAACAAGAGAUCUAUCUCGAUUUAAUAUUGACAACAAAUAUGGGAGACAAGCUUUGGAAGCCACUAUGAAGGCUAUCAUGGGCUACGAACAGCCUCGAGUUCCCCCUCCUCAAGACUAUAAAGGAGAAUUUUUCAAAGAUGUAGCGGAUGCUUUGGUUGGUGUUGGUUUGAUUACCAACAGCGAAAAUAUGCCAGGUAUCCUCAUGUUAGACAAAGACUACAACAACAUGAGCAAAUUCCUUAAUAGGAUUCUAGGUAUGCCAGUUGAUUUGCAGAACCGAUUGUUCAAGUAUUUUACCGAUACACUGCAAGCCAUAAUUUCUGAUGCUAAAAAGACCGGUCGUUUUGAUCUGGGCAUCUUGGACCUUGGUGCCUCUGGGGAGAAUGUGAAACGAAUUAAAGUGUACAAAUUCCAGCGAAAGCAUGCCACUGGUACUGCUGCCACUCAGCUUCACAUUGUGCAUGUGGAGCGUGGCAUGUCUUGGGCUGAAGUUACUGAAAAGUAUCAGGAGUUAGUUGGAGGAAAAGAGGGCUUCUAUCUUUCUCAUCAGGUGCGCAAUUCCAAACAAACUGCCAUCAUGGCUGUUGCUGUGGAGCCAAAUCCUAGCUCUAAGAAGAAAGGAAAGGAAAAAGACACUUUGUACAUGGUCUACCGACCAAAUACAGGUCUUCAGUUGAAACAGGAAACGUUAGGAGAACUUGAGAAAAAAUACAAGAAAGUGUCCAAGGAUGAGGCUGAACCUCACUGGACUCAACAGUAUGAUUCUUCUGAGAAGACAUGCUCCCACGCUUAUUGGCGAGGCAACUGCAAAAAUGUUGCUAUGGGUAUGGAAUGUGAAAUUGGUUUACGACGUCGAACAUACAAUGUUUUAGCAGGAUGUGUGUUAAGUGUAUGGACCAAAGUAGAAGAUCUCCUUAACAGUAGAACAGGACAUAACAGUAAAAUGCAGGUUGUACGCCUGCGUUCCAGUGAUGGUUUGAAAAUUGUUGGAACACUGAUUCCUAAUAGUUGUGUUGAAGAUCUGAUAGAAGCGCUUGAAGAAGACUCCGAGAAGAUGGAAGAAGAGAAAUUUUGAGGCUGAUCUGUGAAAUAGGUAGAGCUGGACCAAAUUCAAUCUGCUUGGGUGUUGAAAAGCCGCCGCUGCCAGUGUGAUAAAGGCAACAUGUAAUUUUAUCUUAAUUUAUCCCUUGAGGAUUAUAUACUCAUUGUUCUCUCUUGCCGAUAGGUUCUCUUUUUUUUGUUUUUACCGAAAUCUGGUUUGUUAUUUUUUUAAUUUUUUUGUGUGGAAUGCUGUCAUUGUCAGCAAUUUGCUAAAAAAGCUGCUGCAUUUUCAUUUUCCUGAGAUGCCGGCUGCUUAUGUCCCAAUGUCCAAUGGCUUGCUUUAAGAUUGGAUAAUUUGAUUAGAAAAUUCGCUUUUGGUCAUUGUCUUUUUGUACAUCUAGCCUCUACUUAUUCACGUACAAAGUGCUACCCCUCAUCCUCAUUUUUUAUGGAUGGAUACCUACUCAUUUUUGACAAGUUCUGUGCAAUUCAUUGGAUUGCUCAUGUCAACAUAAGUAAAUUUCAUUUCUGUUUCUAAAGAAUUUAUCUUUAAUAUGUGCUAUUCUACAAAGCCACCUCCAUUUUAAUUUUUAUCUUAUGUUAUUAUUGCUUCAGAUCAUCCCUCUGAAAGUGAGUACUAGUGUGCUUAGAUUUAGACUUUUCUAAUGUUAACCAAGAAGUGAGUGUGAUAAUGAAAUUAGUGAGAGUGGAUGUGUGAAAUUGAACCGUGGUAAAAUCUUUCCCUGUGCAAACCAGCUGUGUCUGUCUGUCUUUUGAAAUUAAAGUAGCCUAUGGCUUUCAGGUUAUACCUGUCACUAGUUUCCAUUUUUCUCCUUGUCCUAUUUUCCUUGAAGAUGUUUCAUGUUAAGGGGAGCCCAAGAUCGCCCUACUCGAGUGUAAUUCGGGGGAGUGCUGCCCACAAAUCACGGCCUUUCAGUUCCAAGUAGUUGAAUUUCAUCCAGAUUCCUACAAACUGCAAAUUCUGUUAAGGAACAUACUUGCCUUGAAGGUAGUUUGAUGAUGGAAUUAGGUUUAACUUUGUUUGUCUGUGCAAAGAAAUUUUGAAGACAGGCAGGCAUAUUCCUGCUUUCAUAAAGCGUAAAUACAUUGGCCAUUUCACCAUCUUUGCUGACAUUCUAAACUAGUGUCCUUGCAAAGCCUUUUGUUGUUGUAUUCAACCGUGAGAGGUGGAUACCAGAGGAGUUGAUUAAAGAUAGUGGUGGAAGGUAGGACAUUGUGAUAUGUGAAGCAUUUGUGUAGACAAAUAUAGCUAGUACUCUAGUACUCCUUGUUAAAUGCUAUUUGGCAUAUGUGUUGAUUUGUCAUUAUUAUUUAUUGUCAUGAGACAAAUUUUUAUUUCUUGUAUGUUUUUAGACUUUUUUUUGUCAUGGUUCAUACAUAUUUGUUUCAAGCUUUAUCUUUAAUUCUUUUCCUGUAACCAAAUUUUUUCAUUAAAUUCAGGUUGAUAGUCUACUAUGCACCAUAUCAUCACAUAUUGUGUAAUAUUAUUGAUUUCCUGAAUAUCCUAUGCUGUUUCUGUUCAUUUCCUCACUGUCUUGUAAGCAUAGCAGUGUGCACAAAAGUUCUGUGAAUUAUUGUAGAUCAUCUACAUUGGUGCUAUCUUAUAGGAUCUUCUAUUAUCACCUUUGCUGUAUUGAGGUUGAUAUGAAACAAUAUCUUAUCUCAUUAAAAGUGGUUGUUCUGUAGUGCACCACUCUCUCUUAUUUAUACUUAAAAGUGUUGUCCUAUUUCUGUAUGUGUGUUUGUGUGCUAGGUUUAAACCAUGCAUCAUUUGUGCAAAUCUUUUAACUGCAGGUAUUUCAACUACCCUCGCGCACAUUUAUAUUUCUGCCCACACUACCAAAUGUUUUAUUUUACUCUUAGCCAGUUUAUUCAGUAUGAUGACAAAUGCAAGAUUGUCACCAAACGGUUUUGAUCACUGAAAGAAUGAUGGAAUGUACCAUGGAAACGAACCUACAAUAACAUUCCUGAUAGGUACUCCAUUAUUUCGUGCAUUUUCAGUGAGAUUUAUUUCCUCCAAACGAGCCAAUUAUUAUGACAUGCAGAUCUAGCAAAUGUAGUAAUUUAUAUUUAUGGUAAUUGUCUAUAGUUAUGCUUUUAUCUUUUAUCAGUCCUUCCAGUAACCGCUAUUAGACAGUCAAAUUGAUGUAAAUUUUAACCUAAGAGACAUGAGGAAAAAUAAAAGUGUAAGUUCAGUUUCCAUUA